AUGUCGUCGACCACGUCAACCUCACCCAGCAGCACGCCCACGCCCGAUCCCACCGCCGCGCCGUGCUGGGAGUGUCAGCGCCGCCAAUGGGUCUGCGACGCAACCCGUCCCGUCUGCAUCCGCUGCCGUGAGGCCGGCAUUGUGUGCCCCGGAUACAGCGACCGGAAGCCCCUCACCUGGCUGGCGCCUGGUAGGAUUUCGGCACGUCCGAGGCGUACACGCCCCAGCAAGCCUCCGUCGAAGCCGUCAAGAUCUUCUGCAGUGCGCAUCAAGACCGAGUCCGACGACGCAUUGCCAUGUGCAGUGGACAAGCAUCAGCCUCUUUCCUGUAUUAAAAAGGGCCGUGAGGGCACGCCAGCUUCUACAUCUUCCAAGACGUUCCUCGGCCGCGCCUCCAAGGAGAACACUCAUGAUGAUACAAUCAAGUGUCCAGCUGAGAUACGCGCCCUCGCUGUCCGGCCCCGGAACAUGGAGAAGCGCAAUCAAGGACCGCGAGGCGUCGAGACCAUCAUGAGCGUCCCUGCCACGCUUCGAGACCACAUGGACGAUGUCUUUGAAGCGACUCAGUAUUACAACUCACAAAUCUAUCCUCUUCUGGCUGCCCAUCAGCUGGCUCCCAACCUUUUCGUUGCUCCAAUCGAGGGCUUGCAGCUUGUUCCAGCUUCUAUGCGCCAUGCUCUCAUCUCCCUCUCCCUUGGCUACAGAAUUCUUCAACUACCCCCCGAAGAGCGCGUCGAUGGACAUCCAGCCGGCGUCCUUCCGUUUGCCGGAUCAGUUCUUGACUCUUCCCCAGGUCCCGUCACAGGGGUAGCUGGCAAGCUGUGGUGGCGCGCUCAUGACCACGUUGGUGCUGCCAUUCGCCUCCUCAAACACGACAUCAAUCACGAGACCUCGCGUACAACGACCGCCACCAUUAUCAGUGUCUUUGUACUCCUCAUAACCGAGCUCUUCCAGACCGCCACACCGCAAUGGAGAUCGCACUGCAUCGGUUUCACGACCCUUAUGUCUCUCCGUGGCGGCCUGCAAGGCCUCAUGCAAGACCCCGAAGACGGACUUAUCAUCCGUCCGAGUCUAUUGACAUACGUCAUCAUGAUUGUCAUGGCCAACACCACGAGCCCGUCCUACGAUCAAGUUGAUCCAGACAACCACGUGAACAUGCUAGAAACGAUCGAAGAGCUCUGUUCUAUCGGCAUGUACCCGCGCCUUCCGUGUCCGCAGCCGCUGUUUGUGGAAAUCGUUCGCAUCAACGACCUCCGCUGGCGCGUGGCAACUAGGCAGAUAGAUGCCGAAAGUGGUGAGACAUCUAUGGCUGUUCGAGAUCUGUUGCGACGUGUCAUGAGUUUUUCGCCGGAGACGUGGGCUGCAGCGCAAACCACCACAGCACCUGAGGCUUCUUGGCUUGUGACAGCUCGCUGUUACCAAUCUGCCGUGCUUCUUUUUGCCGACGCAACCCUGAUCAAACCCCUACGCCUCUUGGAAUCGAACGCCUUCAACGAUGGCUUAUCCAAAUACCGGUCCACAAGAGCCUACCACCGAACCUUGUUGCUUGAGCUGGUCGCCGAGGGGCUCUCAGGUCAACUCACAAAGUUUGGAAUCAUUUGGCCCGUCAUUGUGGCUGGGUUUGAGGCGGCGACAGGCACAGCGCAAGAGCGCAGUCUCGUAGAAAACGGCCUGACAGACCUUUGUCGCGGCGUGGGCGCGACAACGGUGGCUGCACGAGAAGCGCUCAUCCGAUUCUGGAAGUCAGGAAAGGGUACCUGGGAUGAGUGUUUUGAUCAACCCUACGCGUUCAUCAUCUAG